AUGAGAGGAUUUUUUCUCCAAAAUAAAACAGGUUUGAAGGAGCGGUUAGAGAACAAUGAAACCGUAAUUGUGGCGGAAGGUUAUCUGUUUGAAUUUGAGAGAAGAGGCUUAUUAAAGGCGGGAAGUUUUGUACCGGAAGUAGUAUUAGAACAUCCGGAACUGGUUCGUCAACUCCAUGAAGAGUUUGUCAGGGCCGGAAGUGACGUGGUGCUGGCCUUUACGUACUAUGGUCACCGGGAGAAACUGAGGAUCAUUGGUAAGGAAGAUCAACUGGAAACACUGAACAGACGUGCUUUAAAAAUCGCCCGGGAAGUAGCAGACGAGACUGGUACAUUAAUGGCGGGAAAUAUAUGUAAUACAACGUUGUACGUAAAAGACGACGCAGACGCCAUCGAGAAAUGCAGAAGUAUUUUUAAGGAACAGAUAGAAUGGGCUGUAGAGGGAGGAGCAGAGUUUAUUGUUGGUGAAACUUUUGCAGACCCGGGAGAAGCUCUUUUGGCUCUGGAGUGUAUCAAAAGAUAUGGAAGGGGUCUACCGGCAGUAAUAUCGAUGUCCCCAUUUGCUAAAGAUACAACUUACGAUGGUUAUUCUUACGGUGACGUCUGUAAACAGCUGGAAGAUGCAGGCGCGGAUGUGGUCGGACUGAACUGCGGGCGAGGACCAGCUACUAUUACGCCAUUAAUCAAAGACGCAAAACUCAAAUGCAAGGGUCCACUAGCCUGUCUCCCUGUAACUUACAGAACAACCGAAAAACAGCCAAACUUCCAGAGUCUUGCAGACCCCGUAACAGGUCAGAAGGCGUUUCCAGUCGAUCUACCAGCUCAUACUUGUGGACGGACAGAAAUCAGAGAAUGGGCAGAAGAAAUGAAGGCUUUAGGAAUCCAGUAUAUAGGAUUAUGCUGUGGAAAUGCGUCCCAUUAUCUCCGAGAGGUGGCUGAAGUUUAUGGUCGAUCUCCGCCAGCUAGUCGCUUCUCAACCGACAUGUCCCAGCAUUUUGUGUUCGGGAACCGGAAAGACAACAACCCUUACUAUACGGAAACUAUGAGGAAUUAUAUGGUUCAGUAAAUAUAGCUUGUAAUAGAUAUAGCAUAUUAUUAGAAAUAAAAUUUACCUCCUACCUU